AAUACUAUUCACCUGCCUUUUACCUGGCAGCAAUUAAUCCGAAUAGGUGGGAUAAAGUCUCUAUUUCUCUUCUGUAAAAUUUAACCCUGAACAAAUAAAGGAGCCCUGGGACACAUUUUAGUCGAUAAACACUCAAUAAUUUGUAUUCACGCAUCAGGACGUCACGACCGGAAGAUUCCGGGUAGAUCUUUAACAGCAGACGAAUAGAUCGGACUACCUUUUCAUUUAAUCCAAAUCUCCACAAUUGAAAGGUCAUAAUUUCGUAAUUGUGUUCAAAUAUCCACAAUGGAGAAUGUUCGCUACCGUGUAGCAAAUGAUAAAUUUGAGAAGAACAGUUAUUAUGUUGACACAGGAUUUAUGUAUUUGGAGCAUGACCUUACUACUGGAGAGGUUCGAAAUGUAAGCGAGUCCUACAACGAAGACGCUAAGGGAGACAAUCGUGCGAUAGAAUAUCAGGGCCAGAAACCCUUGGCGAUUACAGCAGGACAGGGAUCUCGGUCGGCAUCUGUUAUAAUGCCCGUGAACGAGCCGGUACAAGUUGCAGAUGACCCGAGGAUUGUCCGAAGGUCAACAGCAAUUCCUGAAAGAGAGGGGUCGGUUAUUAUUCCAAGUAAAAAGGAGGGAUCCGUCAUUUUAACAAGAAAAGAAGGACCAGUCAUUAUGCCACGUAGAGAGGGAUCCGUCAUUUUGACAAGGAAUGAGGGAUCGGUCAUUAUGCCACGUAGAGAGGGAUCUGUCAUCCUCACACGAAAAGAGGGUUCAGUUAUUAAUGGAUCGGUAAUUGGUGGAUCCGUAAGAUAUCCAGCAGAAAGAAUUGUGCAAAGAAGGAUCGUUACACCUACGGAAAGAUUCGCCUUGCCUCCAAGAGAGAGAGUCAUGCCAGGACCGAGAUAUAUCCAAGGUCCAACAGCCCGACCACAAACUGUGAGGGUUAUGCAAUCAUCAAAUGGCUACGCUCCAACAGUAAAUCCGAUUCCGGAAGGAAGACGCGUUGUCUACGUUGUUGAUGAUUCACAGCAUCCGGGCCGAUACGCAACACAACGUGUUGUUAACAGAAAUGAUGAAAUUGAGCGCCAUCAUCGCGACAAUAUUCACAAAUUGUAUAAAACAACGAUAAAUGUUGGUAGCAGCGAUUCUGAUUCUAACAGUGAUGUCCCGAAAGAAGUCAUUAAAACCCGGUACAUUAAUUCUGCUAAUAAUAGAUUUAAAAAUGUGAAAGGAGUUCCGAUCGCCAAAAUGUAUGUGCCGACUCCAGCAGGACCAUCAAAAAAUUCCAAUUCGGACAGUGAAAAUAGUUCUCUUGACAGUGUUGACAUUAAAAGAUUCGAAAAGGACUCAAAAAAGAGUAAAAGAUAUCAAAAGAGGAAGUGAAUUUGACGAAAAUUAAUUGUGCAAUAAACUAUUCCCUGUCCAGGGUAGAAAAUGAAAUCAAAACUGGUAUCCAACAAGAAAAUUUAGUUUCGGAUUAUACUGGUAGAAGUGUAUUCCAAAUCAGACUCGAAUUCUUGAAAGGAAUUUCAUGCAUCACUAUCAUAAGUGCUUACUGUCAUAAUCAAAAAUGAAUAUGUAUAUCAUUCAUGUAUGAUAAAGAAUAUGAAUAUUAUAUAAAUGUAUAUAUCAUCGGUGAAUAAUAUUAUUUUUAUAAAUAUUUAACCAAGUAGUAAAUUGUGACCUGUUAAAAUUACAAAUCUAAUAUCGAUCUCUUGAUUGUUAUUUUCACAAACAUUCCGUAUGUUCAAUGAGGUAGACUUGGUUAAGGGAGGUAACUCUGUAAAUCAGUAAUGCGUUUGUAAAAGGCAGUUUCAUCAAAUGCCUUUUAAGCAUCCAUUUAAACAAUAAAAGUAGUCUGUGUCACAAAGAAGCUCAGAAUAUAUUUAGGAAAAUGGUUGUAUUAUAAACA